UAUGGAAUACGAUGACUCUCAUAGUAGACAACUAUCCCACAUGAAUUUUGACCAUUACGAUGAGAGAAAUAUAAGAACGAAUGGAUUACGCAUGAAUAAUUUUUCCAAUUCUAUGGAUUGUCAAAUGACAAACGAGACCAUUGAAUCACAAUCUUGCAACUCUACAGUUGUUUCCAAGAACUUCAAUUUGCCAGACGAUUUAAGUAAAAUUUUUGCUAGACCUGGAUGCAAUACAGGAACGUUUCCUAAUGCUUCUAAGAAAAGGGACUUGUCGAAAUUUCGAAGUCGCGUCUUAAUUGCCUACGACUCUUCUGAUAAAAAGAAUAUUGGUAAGAUAACAAAUAUUGCAUGUUGGCUUAUAAAAAACAAGUUUAGGGUUGAAUUUGAUGAUUUUAAACAAGACUUAGUAAAAGAAAAUCGAGAUUGUUGGAUGUGGAAUGUUUAUAAACAGGCUCCGUUUGUAUUACUAUGCAUGACUCCAUCAUUUGAGAGGAAUAUACUAGAAGGAAAGGAUACCUCUGUACAGAAAAUAUGGAAUGAUAUUGAGGAGAGAUUAAAAAAAGAUCCAUCAAAUAGAGAAGGAAAUUCAAUCGUCCCGUUGUUAAUAUCGCCAACAAAACGAGUUCCACCCAUCUUAAAAACAAUUAUAAAUGGAAAGAUGAUUGGCAGAGCCUAUCAUUCUUUCUAUCAGCCUCAUAUAAACUCCCAAUAA